UUCUAAUUUACAUAAAUGGCCCUCCUCAUCUCCCUUCAGCCCACCUUUUCAACUCCGCACAAAACUUUCACCGAAUUCCCAAAACCCUUCUGUUCCGGUAGAUUCAAAUCCAUCAGCAAGAGCAUGGCGGACUCAUCGGAACCGGUGACCGGAAACUGCCCAUCAACCAGAGAGAAUUACCCUGUUCCCUUAUCUCCUCCACUGCCGGCCAUAUCCAAGAACUUGGAGCUCGCUAGAGCCAUGGCUGCCUCCUCUAAAUCCAGCCUCUUUGCUUUAUCGGCAAACGAUGUUAUAUACGAGGAUGAGUGGCUCAUUGCCGUCAAUAAGCCUCAAGGAAUCUACUGUGAAAGCGUUUUGGCCGCUGUUCCUCGUCUUCUCAGUGAUUCUGCUAUGGCUGGGAUCAAAACCAGUCUGCCAGAGCUUCAUCUUGCUAACCGCCUUGAUCGUGACACAAGUGGGGUUAUGGUUAUAACUAAGUCGCAUAAAGUUGCUUCUAAAUUAGUGAAGGCAUUUACUGACCACACAGUUUCAAAGUCAUAUAUCGCCUUCUGCGUUGGCUCUGCUCCAAAGUGGAAAAAAAUCAACAUCAAAUCUGGUCAUGGUAGGUCAAAAUUUGGGGUAUGGCGUGUCUAUGCUGCAGCUGAUGUGGGUCGUUCCUUACCUGGCGGUUCUGUAGUCAGAGACAUGGAAACAUAUUUUGAAGUACUAUCUAUAAAUGGACAAAACGCCAUGGAAGAAUUUCAAAAAUUUGGAAAAGAUGAAGAAACUGUCGUUGUCCAAACAAAAUCUCUAGUAGACAUUGAUGGUCAAAAGGACGAGAUAUUGAUAAGAGCACGACCUCGCAGUGGAAGAACUCAUCAAAUCCGUCUGCACUGCCAAUAUCUUGGAAUUCCUAUAAGAGGGGAUGUGAAAUAUGAGGGUGUUACAGAGUGGAACGGAAAAAUUUAUGAUUGCCAUGAGCUUCAUGCCGAAAGCUUGUAUUUUGUGCACCCUAUUACAGGUAUUCCUCUCAAGUUACAAGCUCCUCUACCAUCAUGGGCCAGCCAAGCAUGGCAGCCCCAACAACAAGAAGUGAAUUCUCCAUAGUCCUUCAAAGCUAUGCCUUAAGAAAAUCAUUGGCACAAUUAAGUGAGAACCAAACAUAUCUCUUACCAUACAAAGAGCUUCGGUAUCGAAGAAUGGCGUUGAAGCAAAAUGGAGCAAAUCUUCAAUCAAAUUCGUAAAGUGUGACUGCAGGCAGUUUUCACACCAUCAGCUUCCUGUCUGCAAUUUCUCAUCUAUUGAACGAGCUCUUGUUAGCACAACAGUGUCUACGAAAAUAUCAGCAGUCGUAAACCGAUCAAACCAUCUGGGUUUUUCCUGAAAAUUUGAGAGGACGGGAUGCUCGCAAUGGAUUCUGGAAAUGACAGAAGAAUCAUGCGUGUCUAAGGCUGAUAAAUUUGUGCAAAGCCCUUUGGAAAUGGAUCUUCUGCCGCAGUUUUAUCGAUAAAAUUAAUGUACAGAGUCGAAGCAGCCAAAUUAUAUGGUUAAACAUGUUGAUUUCUGUUGAGGCUCAAUUGUUAUUUGACUCCCCUUCCCUCCAUUUGUGCAACUUUGUGUUAAAAAUAUGACGAACAAUUUUGUUAUGAUGCUUACGCGUCUAUAAAAUAUAAAUAGAAGAAUGAGAAAACAUGUUGAGUUUUUGUCU